AGUUCUCCCAUAAUGCACUGCAUCGUGUCAACUGACAGUGUCGUGCUGUGUGUUGUAUACUGAAUUAGCUUUUCCCGCGAUCUAGAGAAGCUUGAUCAUUUAUAUCAAGUGUAUAAUUAUUGAGUUUGGCGUGCUCGAGGAGAGCUCGUGCACACCAUGAGCAGCAUGAGGACCAUGUUGACCUCGAUCGGGCUGGUCGGGGUCGUCUGUGUCGGCUACGGAAUGUGGGCCAUAAUUUCACCUGGAGAGGAGAGGAAAAGGGAAAUGUUGAAGAAUCUGCCCGAGGCCAAUCCCGUCCGAAUGGAGGAGAGCAGGAAGAGAAAUGCCCUCAUGAUGCAGGUUCUGAAAGAUGCUGCAGAGACCAAUGAUAACAUCGCACGUGGAUAUGGGAGCCAGAAGUGAUAUUAGACUUUCACAUGCCACUGGGAUUCUGUACAUGCAUGGGAGGAAAAAUAUGAAGGAUGUGACUUACUGAAAUAAAUUAACUGAAAAUGCUCCAUGUCAUAGAAGGCUAUAUGAUAUCGAUUGUUAUUUGAUGGACACUGCCAUGAAUGGCACUGACAGAAAAGUUUUGCUUUUGUUUUCCUUGCUGGAGAAAUAAUCUUAAAAUAGUAGCUGUUUUUGGACCAUAUGUUCCAAAAAAAACAAACAAACAAAAAAAACUUAUGAAUGGUCAAAAAUGGUCCACAAUCCUGGAUUAUCCAACAGGGUUAGAAAGCAAUGUUGCUUUAUAAUUACAAUUGUAUAUAUUUAUAUAAAUUGUAAAUAAAACUUUAAGUCUU